UGUCGGUGCUGAAAAUGAUUAAAAAUCCAUCAUCUGCAAAAAGAAAAAAUCUGCUGUUUUCACCGCAGGCCUUUUUAUUUCAUAGUUUGUGCUUCUUGGCUUUAGAUACUUGUCUUUUCCACUGCAUGACUCAGCAUGAAGCAUUUUUGAUUUCCCAGUUACAAAUACUGUGGAUCGUUCCAAUCUUUCUACCAUAAUGUCCUGUAUUUUGUCUUAUUUACACAAACGAGUUUAGACUUUGAGACAAGGAGACUCCAAACUGAUCACACAAUCCAAUACAACUCAACCAAAUCAAGCCAAAUACCUCCUUCAAGCUUAGAUUUUUUGUUGCAAUUUAAAAUCUGUGGACCUUUAUUUGGAUUUCCAAUGUUUCCACACUUCCCUCCUCGAUUGAAGCUUAGAUCUCCCUGCCCUGGUCGAGGGUGUGUCUGUUCCUCUCUGACCUUCCUCCUCCUCCCCUGCAGGCUGGAAGUGCGGCCUGUUGCUGCUUUUGAUGCAGCAGGCUUAAGAAAACACGUGUAAACAGCAGAGAGCUUCAAUGGCCCAUCAGAGAGGCUACAAAUGAGCGCGGGGACGUCUCUCUGCGGGGGGUCUGUUGUAGCUCCUCAGCUUCCGAAUCGCCCUUUUCUCACCUAACGAGGACACUCACAAAGUCCCCUGAUAAGACUGCAGACUUUGGGGUGUUUAAUGAAGAGGGGGUGAAGAUCUUUAAGAGUAAAGGACGCCAAACAGAGUCCACCUGAGCGAGCAAACUCAGGUCCGAGUUCGGGGAUUCAGGUGGAUUUUACGCACCGGUGUUUUACGCACAGCAGGACGCGGUUGUAAAAGUUCCUCUUGUUGUGUUAAAGGCGUGUUGGGGCGGAUCUUUCAUGUCCGAUACCCUGCAGUCACUCAGCCGGAGUGUGUGUGACCUGAGGCCCGGUGUUUCCUUCCUCAGAUGUUGGGGAGAAAAUGGAGUGUGUGCCUUUAAGGCGCCCGACUGCCUGUCGCUUUCUGCUGCGGAGAGACUGACGCCCUCUGGACACAGUGGACACUUGAGCGGCAGCAGAGAGAGCACCAUCCUGGAGAAGUUCAAAGAGAAAAGAGGCACACUCCCUCUUUAAAAGAAGAGCCCAGGACUUUUUCACAGCGUUGAGGUGAGUUUUCAACCUCUCUUCGUCUUUGUUGGUUCGCCUUUUCUCUUGGCUCGAUUGUCUUUGCAGCUGCGUGCGAGUGAAACAAAGUGGUUUGGGUAGUUGUUGGCCAUGAGUGUGAAAGAGGUGAAGAAACUGCGGGAGCGAAUGUUCCUCACAUGUUCCCUCUCUCCGUCAUGUGAAACGGAGAGGAAAGUGUUGGGAGUGUAAAAGCGAUAAACCGGAUUAGAAAGCGAGUUUAGAAAGCGACACAAGAAGAGAACAAAAAGCGAGGUGAAGGAAGCUGAUGUUGCCAGAUGUGUGUGUUGUUAUUCCGCAGUAACGUGAGUGUGUGUGUGUGUGUAUGUGUGUGCUGGCUUUGAAUGAAAUGUGACGCAGGCCUUUAAGGGAAAAUGAUCCUGAUUUAAUCCGCUUGUGCAACGUGAAGCUUUGACUUCUUAAACUUUAUUUUCAAACACUUUCAUCACAGUUUUCAGCUCUUUUGUUGAAUCUGUAGCUCUAAAAUGAAUCUUUCAGACAUCAGAGUUCAGAUAGUGAGUAUCUCAUAAUGUAAAGAAGCACAAAAAUAAAGAGAAAAGGAGUAAAAACACAUUAUUGAUUAAAGUCGAGUGGUUUAAAGUUUACUGAAAUACAUCAGGAGUUGAUGCAGUGCCAAAACUUGAAGUGCAGUUCCAGUCAGAUAUCUAAUUUAACCAAAUUUAAGCAACACUGGCCUGACACCUCCAUUAAAAAUCUAGUUUUAACACAUUUAAAGCCAAAAUUGUUCUUGAAAUACAGUAAAUCUUAAAUCUUGUGCCAGGUAGACAUUUUUACCAAACACAAUCAAACAAGUCCUGACCUUUGGCUAGACGUGUGCCUGUUAUAAAAGGCUCACUACAGGCUUUUUUUAUUCAUUUAUUUAUAUUUUGAAAAGCUCAAAGCAUGUUGACAUUUUUAAUAAAUAGCAUAAAAAAGGUUUCAGUGUACAGGGACUGUCUACAGAGUGCAAAACUGAUGAAAAAUGCUGCAUAAAUAUUCAAAACUUGGUUAAAGAUUUAAUCUGCUCGUACAACUUGAAGCUUUGUCUUCUUAAACUGUUUUUUAUAACACUUUUCAUCACAGUUUUCAGCUCUUGUGUUGAAGUUGUGUCUCUAAAAUGAAGCUUUCAGACAUCAGAGUUCAGGUAGUGAGUAUCCUGUAACAUAAAGAAGCACAAAAAUUAAGAGAAAAGGAGUAAAAACACAUUUUUGAUUAAAGUUGGAGCUGAUGCAGUGCCAAAACUUGGAAGAGCAGUUCCGGUCCAGAUAUCUCAUUUUACCAAAUUUAAACAACAUUGGCCUGACACCUCCAUUAAAAAUCUAGUUUUAACACAUUUAAAGCCAAAAAUUUCCUUAUAAGCUCCUUGGAAUACAGUAAAUAUUAAUUCUUGUGUCAGGAAACCUACUGAGAGCAGUUUUUACAAAACACUAUCAAACAAGUCCUCAUAUUUGGCUAGACUUAUGCCUGUUAAGAGGCUCAGUACAGGCUUGUGUAUUAAUUUAUUUAUAUUUUAAGAAGGUCAAAGCAUGUUAAGUGUAUGUAGACAUAUUGAAAAAAAGUUUAAGGGACCAGGGACUGCCUACAAAUUGCAAAACUGAUGAAAGAUACUGUGAAAAUAUUCCAUAACUUGGUUAAAGAUGCUUUUUUCAUGAUUUUGAGGCAAAUUUUACUCCGUCACACCCACCACCAUGUGUUAAAAGUAUUUAGUGACUUAAGUGCAUUUUAAAUACAGUGUUUUUACUCAGGGAUAUAGAAAAAGACCUGUAGUUUAACAUCUUUUUGAGUAAAAUGUCUUUAAAAUAACUAAACUUUGACUUUUGGAGAAUAUUUUAGUACUCAGGUUUAGACUCAUUGACCUGACCUGAGUAUCACGAACCAGAAAAUUAGGAUUUAAGUGAUUGUAAGAAGAAAUAAACUAAUGCUCAAAUUUUCUUAAAGAUUCUCCAGAUAAAAAAAAUUUACUUAAGAAACUUUGACUGAGUUAGAUUGAAGUUUGUGAAGAGAAUAUACAACAAGAGACUGUCAGUUAUCUGGAUGAUUUAGUUUGUUUUUUCCCUCUUUAGUCAGAUAAAUUUUUAGAUAACGGAGCAAUCCAUUAAAAGUUGACAAAGAGAAACAGCUGCGUCUUCUUGCAAAUGUCUAGAUUGUGUUAGAAGGUCUCUGCGGCUGUCACUGAGGUGUAUUCAAAGAGCGUUUUAUCAUCCUCGACACUCCCUCUGCAGCUCUUCUCCUCGUCUCCUCGGCUGGAAUGUCAGCGUGGAGGUUUUGUUUAUUUGUCUCUAAGGUCCUGUGCCGUGUCUCGUGUUGAUGUAGGUGUUCCCACUUUUUUUCGCCGUGCUGGUGAGCCGUCAGGAUGAGGCCCGCUCAGCUGAUCCUCCCUGCCGCCGCCGCUCUGCUCUUCCUCCUGUCGGGCCUGACUCUGACCUCCGGCUGCAACAAGGCCCUGUGUGCCAGCGACGUCAGCAAGUGUCUCAUCCAGGUAAGCGACUCUUUUCACACCUGGAUGCUCGAUGUUGGAUCUACAAACCUGUUCGUAACUUAAGGUCAAAGUGAUUUCUAUCACCGCUGAACUAAACUCCUGAAGUUUAAGAGUUUUUGUUAUCAUGAGAGUCUCCAAGUUCAAGCUUUCAUCCUGCAGUUGUGCAGCUGUUUUGUGUAAACACGGAGUAAUACUUCUCCAGAGGAAACACAAGUUAAAGAGUUUUUCUCUAGUCCAAGUUUAAGAGCUGCAGCAGGAGUUAAAGACGUGUUUUAGCACAAUUUAUGUUCAGAUUAAUCUGGAAGGACAGACUCAAACACGACAGUAAUAUUCCUUUGACUGUUGGCUGGAAACUCGUCUCAGCUGUUGUAAAUCUUUAAAACCCUCCGCCAGUUUUUGUGGGAGUGCUUUGCAUUAAAGAAAUGCUCCUCCGUGGCCAAAAGUGGAGUUAAAACCGGCUUCUUAGUCCUGGCCGAGGUGCAGAAAUCUGGAGCGGAGAACAAAGAUGAAAUCUGCGCUGAAGAAUGCAGAUACAUUCCUUCGAUAAGCCGAGAAAAGUCUGCAGAGAAAGUUUCCUCAGAGCGAGAAAGAGAGGAGCGGAGAUUUGCAGCUUUGUGCUCACCUGUCCUCUACCUGGGGGUCAGGGUCAUGCUGUUUUAGAGCAAAGCAUCAUGGGAGAAACAGCUCAUGAGUUCUCUGAUCGUUGUGAAGUUUCCUCAAGUUUGGCUCAGUGUUUUCUCCUCAGCCCUGACUCUGACUUUUGACUCCUGUUGACUUUCUCGCAUCACUUCCUUUGUGUCACUUCUUCCCUCACGUCUGGGGCCCUCUGGGUGAGGAGGUGUGGGGUGAGGAGGUGUGGGGCGAGGGGGUGCAGACGGGUGGUACCCCGUAGUUAACACAGAUUCAGUCAUGCGUUCUGCUUAUUUUGAGGGAAAACAUGAAGAGGAGUGUUGGCCCGUCCUUCCACCACCUGUCAGCUCACAUUUGAGACGCUGCUUGUCCUCUGAGUGAGCGUGUUCAAGUGUGUGUGUGUGUGUGUGUGUGUGUGUGUGUGUUUAGUGGUCCAGCCUCUCCCAUUAGCAUCUUUAAAGUACUGUGUUUAACCUCCGCGGCCGUUUCACCUCUGUGACCUCGAACAGUGUGAGUGACGUGGAGGUAGAUUUUUAGAGUUAGUGAGUUUAAAACUGUUUCUGUUAUAAAAAAUACAGACUUUGUUUGAAAUUAGGUGUCAGUAUUUUUGAAUUAGCACCAUUUUGGGACUGUAAACAUCAACUUUGGACGUACAUAGUCUUUUUUUUAAAGUUUGGCAGCUUUAAAUGAUUCUUCUUUGUUGAGUUACCUUCACAAAGUUAAAAAAGGAGUUUUUUUAUUCCUCUAUACUCAACGUUAAAGUAGAUUUGAUCAGUGGAGAUAACCCUCCUUGUUUGGGGAGGUCUAAAUGUAAGAAAACACUCAGGAAAGACAUGACCACAAAGUAAGUGAGCAAACAAAAGCAAGUUAGUUUAUUUCGCGUGGCACCUCCAGCCUUUAACUUGUCAUGUUGGCACAUAGGCCAGCUUAAGCACAGCCUCCUCCAAACAACUGAACUAGGUUUGAUGGGGUGACCAUAUUCUGACUUCUGGAAAAGAGGACACGACCACGUGGGGGUGGAGUCACGGAGUCGCACAAAGUUAAUUUUGAGAGUUUUUGGGGUUGGAUUUUAUGCGCUUCUAACUCUGUAAGUCCACGUGACACAAAAUCAAAACUUACGGACAAAACCGUGGACAUUUGAAGGACAGCCCCCAAAAAUAGUUAGGGUAUAAAAGGAUGUUUGGUCACCCUAGGGAUGGGCGAUAUGGGCUAAAAAAUGUAUCACAACAAGUUUUGCCGUUCUGGCGAUAAUGAUAAAAGUCAUGAUAAAAAAUAUUCUGUUGAAGAACCCCACAGUCAUUGUUCGUGGAUGGCACUUACAGCCAAAUAAGAUCCUUAACCACAAGUUUAAGUCGUAGGUUAUGGAGAAAACUGACAUCAAACAAGUCUGAAAUGUAGAAACACUGUCAACAUUUAUUCAAAACUCUUACUGCACAGAGUGAACAGCAGCAGAUCCACUGACCGAUGUCAGGCAGACCUGACUGCCAUCGUCUAAACCCCGAUCUUGAAGUUCAUCGCAUUUAUCGUGAGAUGGCAUCAUUGAACCAUCAUUUAUCGCCCAUCCCUAAACUGAACCUUUUUCUAGAUCAAAUUUCAGGUUAACAUCAUUAAAUAUCUUGACGAUCUUGAAGUGGAUGGAUUAGGACAGACGUAUCAGGGCAGAGGCUCGUGGGGCUGUUGAUAUAAAAAAAAGUAAAACGGACAUUGAAAUGAUCGUUGAAUAAUUCAGAUGUGCAUAUUAUGUGACAUUUUCAUCAGGUGACAUGUUUGAUACUGGAAGUGCUGUUGCAGAAAGAGACCUCUGGUUGUUGUUCUUAAUAAAGUUAUGCAUAUUAAACUGAAGCUACUCAUUAACCUGAUCAUUGUUUUGCUCAUAAUUUGGUCAACCAAGUGCUAACUAGCGAGAUGAUGCCAUUUGAUCACCAAACAAGCAAAACAGAAGCAUGCUACAUCUUCAUUAUAUGUUAUCAACAUUUUGAGAGUAAAUGUUUGGCCUCAUUGUGCUUCAUUUGGACUAUAAAGUGAUUUAAAGUUCCUCUGAGGUCAACAAACCUGAAAGCAGAUGCAGAAAUACUUCAGUUCUGUUCAGACAAACACGACUGUUAAAAAUGCUAAAUCAAAGAUUUCAAUCAGCAAACUGAGAAAACAGGUCAAGUUACAAAGCAGUAUUUGCAUUUCUAACUUUUCUUUUGAUGCAGUUUAAAGUUUUCCUAAAUGAGACAAAGUUUGCAGAACGUCUGUUGCACAAGGACAGAAGUUUAAAGAUGCAAAACACCCAAACAAACCCAUUUAUUCUUCACAGUGCAUCAUUUUUCUGACCUCCACUUUUCUCCAGAACUGUCAUUGGUGUUUCUGGCAGUUCGCUCUCUAUCCUCGUUCUGAACUGAAAGAUUGAAGUCCAAACAGAUUGAUUAUUAUGGUUUCUAAAUUAAAGGAAACGUCUUGUUUUCACUGAAAAUAAAGUGUCUCUCUGCUCCCUUUUUUCCAUCCUAACAUUUUUUGGCGUUAUUCUGCCGCUGAAGGACAACAAACUCCUGUCCCUCUCGGGUUCGUUCGGCCUCUUUAAAACUCCACUCCUCAUGUGAUCAGCAGAACAUUUUUGGCUCUGCUUGCUCCUCUUUACUUCCAGGUGGCUUAUUUCUCCUCAUGAAUCAUCGCUCGGAUCAACAAAAGCCCCUGUAGCUUCCUCGACCUCCCCGACACCAACUCGCUAGCUGUCAGGGCCGAGAGCGAUGGUGUGUGUGCCGUCAAGGAGAAACUUUUCCGCCUCUCGCCGCUCUGCAGAAGCUCCACGUUGUCGGUGAUUAGUGCGAUCUGCUGCCCGACACUCGCUUUUACGCUCUGCUGCCAUUUCAAGUCAUUUGUCUGAAUUCCCCAAAACCCCUGAGGGUGGGAGAACACGAGAGAGGGGAGGCCGAGGUCAGGAGGAGGUGUGCGUGUCUGUGGGGGGAGGAUGGUCGAGAGAGGGAUAUACAGUCGGGAUUGAAUCACACGCAGAGCGAGCUGGUUAGCAGGGUGGGGCUGCUCAGAGAUCUCCGAGUUAACACACAGCAGCAGCAGGAGCAGGAGCAGGACGAGGCUCUGAGUUCACUUUCCCUCCUUUUGUCUGGAGAGUUUUGACGGAUGACAGAAGUUUCCUCUGAAGAGAGUCUAAUAAGGCCUCAUCAAGAUAACCUCGGUCGUUAAAGUGGGGGGACAGUUUGAGCUGCAGAUGUUAGAGCUGAUCCGUCUGCAGGUUUUGUUUCAAGUGAUGCCGUGUUAUCGCUCCUUUUGCCCUCGAGUUCAACAAUGAUCAUCUUUUCCCCUUAAAAGCCCAAGUUAAGCUAACUCCCUCGCCUGUUUCCUCGCUCAAGCCUCGACUUUUUUCUCUUACUGUGAAAUACGAGAUGUAGCUGAAGUGUUUCUCCCCCGAGGCAGCUGUUUGGCUUUUGAUAAUCUCACCUCAGAGAGUCGUAAUAACUCCUGGGAUCAGAUCCUGAUCAGAGGUUUGGGGACUGAGAGGCCGGUGAUUAAGCGGGACUGUGUGUGGUUUAGCAAUCCUUCACCGGUGACUCACUGAGAAGUCUUUUAUCACUGCCAGGACUGUUUACGUGUAGGAGAAAGAGCUUCUGCGGAGAUAUAAAGGAGGAGCAGAGGGAGUGAAAACAGGGGUAAGAAAGGAAAGGAGGGAGGAGAGACGAGGAGAGGAAAAAACACGGGGAGAAAGGGAGGGAAGGAGGGGGGAAAGUGUGGAGCAGCCAUGUUCUGUUCUCCAGGUGUUUUCUUCUCCCUCCCUCCCCCUCCUCGUCUCUCUCUCUCUCUCCCCCCGUCGCCUCCCUCAUCGCGCUGACCUUGACGUAGAGGAAUGUGCUCCCUGUUCUGUGUCAGGAGAGAAGAGAGGAGGCAGAGAGGAGCUCCUCUGGCUCUGCUCUCACCUACUUUUCAGUCCCACCUACACGAUUCAGUUUCCUCAAAGACCGGAGCGGAGGAAUGACUCUGUUAUUUUUUUUAAGGUUCGAGUGUCUGCAGAGGAGCAGAGGGAUCAGGUUCAGGUUCUUGGAUGUUUGCUGAGACUUGUGCUGUAAUAUAACCUUCCUGCUAACGUGAGGAUGAAUCAGCAAAAGAUUUUCAUGGUUUCCAUGAGCGAUGAUCCAGAGCUUACCUCAAAAAUUCAGUGAGAAGAAGUCCAGACUUUUGACUCGUCAUUUCCCUUCUACUUUUUUUUUGCUUCUGCUGCACUUUUGCAACCGAGAGCCGGCCCAAGCUUCGAAGGGGCCCUAAGCAAAAUUAGAUUUUGGGGCUCUCUAUUUCUGUCAAUAAUAUUGAUUGUUGAUCAUUCACAUACCUUCACAAAUGUCUUUAACAUUCCGUGUCACGCAAACAUACCUUUAUCUUGGCGUUUUUCCUCUUCUUCCUCUUUCUUUCUCUUUCUUUUGUCUUCUCCUGAAGGAUAUGUGCUUUUUUGCGACAUGGUUUUAAACGCACAUCUACCCGGAGUUUGGAUGGUCAUUGCACAGCAGAAGGUAGAAAACGGUAGCGGAGUAAGAAUCAUAGGCCUGGAUGGAUGGAUGGAUGGAUGGAUGGAUGGAUGGAUGAUAGAUAGAUAGAUAGAUAGAUAGAUAGAUAGAUAGAUAGAUAGAUAGAUUGAUUGAUUGAUUGAUUGAUCCACAUGGGGAAAUUUGUCUUCACCAACUGUACAUUACAUAAAAGGACAAAAAUCACAUAGGACAGACCUUAAGGAACAGACAACUAAUGACAAACACCCGGACAACAGCAAUCGGCAACAAGCCGCAAGGAGGCAACAGGACAGAUUAUUUACCGGGGCCGACUAUUCAGGGCAUCUAUAGCUGCAAGCGGGCCUUGCGAAACUUUAGGGUUCCGUACCUGCGCCCUGAGGGUAGGAGGUUGAAGUAUUUUUUGAUGUCUUGUGCUAUGGAGUUUGCUAUGCGGCAGCAGCAGUACUAAAAUAUUUUUACUUUAUUUUAUUUUAACAAUAAUAUAUAUUUGAUCAUACAGAAAGCAUCGCUCAUACAUUCAAAAAUUUUAAAAAAUGUGAUUUUUUUUUUUUGAUUGCUCUUUGGGGCCCCCUACUGGCUGCGGGGCCCUAAGCAGGCACUUUGUUCGCUUAUGCUUUGGGCCGGCUCUGCUUACAAUAGACAAGUCUUGUGUCUUUGUAAAUAACACAGUUUAUCAUAGAGGAUAGUCAAGACCUGGGCUUUAGCAGCUUGAUUAGGGCUGGGCAAUAUGGCCUCAAAUCAAUAUCACGAUAUAUUGAGCAGUUCACCUCGAUAACGAUAAAUGGACGAUAACUACUCCACAAGCUGCUCAUCCCCUCCCACAUUAACUUCGUCUACUUCAGCCGCCGCUACAACUUUUGAACCGUCUGACGUAGGACAGCGUUUUUGUCACUGAAUAUAUUGACAUGGGCAAAAUGAUGUCGGUUAUUUUUGUAAAUUUCGGUAUUGGUAAAUUUUCAUUUUAUCACCCAGCCCUAACCUUGAGAUAAUCUGGGCAAGACUUUGGUUGCUUCACACGAGUUUGAUUUCAGUUUAAGACCCUGUAUUUGAUCUAUAAAUGAGUAUCCAUCAGAUAUAUGAUAUGAUGUGCAAAAAUGAUAUAAUGAUACAAGUAUUUGUGUUGAUUUGAAGCUCUUACUGAUAAUAGGGAUGAGCUAACUCCUAUAUUUCCAUCUAAAUGCACUUGAUAAGUCAUUCAUAAUUAAAUCAAUGAAUGGACGCUUUUCUGACACUCCUGAGCUCUUCACAUCUUGUAAUAAUUCAAGGUUUUCAGGCCCUGAUUUUCAAGGAAAUAGCCGGUCACAGAGAGGAGAUAAUCUCUGUUGAAUUCACUCUCAUAACUUGAAAUACUCUGGUUGGAUUUGACAAAAGCAGGCCUGGGUAUCUGUGACUCACUCCAGCUCUGAACCCGUUCUAGACGUUGCAGAUUUGUUCAUUUCUUUUUCACCUUUAUUUAUUUGAUCUUAACAGCAGCAUAAAUCUCUCAGGAUUAAACCCCCAGUGGGACUUUUGCAGUCCUCUCUGAAGUCGGUCUGAUCUGCCAGGACCUGCUGUGUCAACAUUACGUCAUUUGUGACGCAGUCCAGGACGUGUUGUGAGGGGAGAGUUUGGCUCGGCUCUACCGAGAGAUCUAAUGACACAGCGAAGAGACAAUUCAUGUCGGGGACGAAGCACGCACGACAUGACGAAGCAUUUACCUCAGAGUAGAGAGAGAGUGAAAGACUGAAAACAACCGAGUCUGCACAUCUCAUCACUGCCUGUUGACACUGUGGACAAUAUAAAUGAAUUUCUGUCUCAGGUUUUGUGUUCAGGUCCAGAUCUCGCUCACUAAACCAUGAUAAUAACUCGCAGACCCAUCGGCUCAGUAACACUGACUGAGAUCGGCAUAAAAACUCUGCUCAGGCAUGAAAAAGCGAACUGGAGCUGCAGGGUUCUGGGUCAGGACUCACUCUGACCUUCUCUCUUGUUAGAUGUCUGCAUUUCAGACCUGAACAGUUAUGACACCAACUAAAAUGCUAAAAAAAAGGAUCAUUCUUGGUCUUAUUUUGGUGAUUUCUGUUUGUCCUGAAGCGCACUACUUCUUUAGAUAAAAUCUUCUUCAUGUCAGAGCCCGCUUCUUUUAUUGUAAAGUUAUCUCUGUAUUGUGUCGCUGGAGUCAACAUACUUGAAUAAAUGCCGCACAUGCCAGGUGUUGAGUACAGUAGGCCUGUCCUGUAUCGGCUUGUGUGUGAUAAUAGUUACUGUACAUGAAGCAAACCUGCUGUUGCUCCCGUGUUGAUGUUUUAAUGGUACGUCUUCUGUUUGCACAGCACGUCUGCAUGUCUGCUCUGAUUUUUAACUCUUGUGAGACCUGGUUUGAAAUACUGUUAACAUGGAGUUUGUGUGUCUUUGUGUCCUUCAGGAGCUGUGUCAGUGUCGUCCGUCAGACGGGAACUGUUCGUGCUGUAAGGAGUGCAUGCUGUGUCUGGGGAACCUUUGGGAAGAGUGCUGCGACUGCGUGGGUGAGUACGGCGUCUCGUCUAUUAGUAACAUAUUUUACGGCUGACGGCGGGUUAGUCAGCGUAUCAUUUCGGAGCUAAACUAUAACUCUGGAGGAAAACGCUGCGAUCUGUAAUGUGGUUCAGGUUCAGACAGGCUGGUGAUGACGACGGAACACCUGCAGGAUAAAAACGACGGUACGAACGUUGAAUUGAAGGAGUUUAAUUUGAGGUUAGGUGAAGUCUGAGCGUGCUGACCCCAACCCUAAUUUUGCACUGGUGUCUUUAUUAGUUCAGUCAUAUGGUUCCUAGGGGUGGGAAUCACUAGUGGCCCCACAAUACAAUAUUAUCACGAUACAAUAUUAUUGUGAUUUUUAACACAUUGCAAUAAUUAAGUAUUGCAAUACCAUAUAUUGGGAUUUGUACAAUUUUUUCAACUGUUUUUCUACUUCAGUAUUUGUCUUUCCUUGAUGUUUGUCUCAUUUACGCUGUAUUUUAUUUUCUUUUAUCACAUUUUACAAACCUUAAAUAUAUAUUUCUCCUGCUCUAUAACGUCACCUCUGCCAACCUCACUGGACAAACAGUUGAAAUUAUUUUUCCAUGAUCAUAGAUUUGACUUUAUGUUAGCAAUUAAUUGAAAAAAUCGAUACUUGGCAAAUGAGACGAUAGGAUAUAUCACCAGUCAAAAUAUCGUGAUACAAAGCUGUCUCGAUUUUUUUUCUCUCCUAAUGGUUCCUGUUAAAUUUUGAGUCGCUCACUUCACUUAUCAGGUUUGUACGAAGGUCAAAAAACACAAACAAAUAAUAAAACAACUUAUAGCAGAAUUGUAAAAUAAUCUAUAAACACAUACAAACUUCAAAUGUGUAUUUUUAAAGCUCCUGUGAGUAACUUUUGAUUCCCGUUGACAUUGGCGCCCCCCUGUGGACAAAGUGAUACCUCUCAUCUUCUGUCCUGUAAAUGUGAAAGUGGUGUUUUCAGACAAAACCUCAUCCUGUUGACUUUUAACAAUGACUUUAAUCACUUCCUGUGAGUAAACUGUAAAAAAAAAGUCAGAGUUUUCACAGUCUGCUGUCAAUCAUCUGGUCUGACACCUCCCCCCCUCAUGAUGCUGUUAACAGGGUUCCUACGCAAGUAUGGAAAGUAUGGAAGUAAUUUGAUCAAUUUCCAGGUCUUAAAAUCUAUGGUAAAUGAAAAAUAAAGUACGGAAAAAUAUUAAGGUUUCCAGACUAUUAUCAAAGUAAAAAAAAUAAUGUUUCCUAAAAUAGACAAGUAGGUGAUUCCAAAAAUAUUUCUGAAAAGUAGGGUAUGGAAAAGUAUGGAAAAGUAUGUGGAAUAUAUUGGCACGGGCAAAAUGACGCUGGUUAUUGUCGUAAAUUUCAGUAUCGGUAAAUUUUCACUUUAUCGCCCAGCCCUAUACAGACACCUUAUAUGCAGCUUACAGUUAGAGAAAUCUAAUUAGUGUUGAGUGCUGCUGAAACAGAGGUUUGUAUAUUUAUUAAAUGCAUAUUUAAAAAUGUUUAAGAAAGAGAUUAUUUGCCGUUGAAUUUAAAGUAUAACUUUGCAGUACACAACAGAAAAAUACAUGUGAAUGACUCCGUGCCCAUAAGUUGCAUGAGAUAUGUGAGUGAAACCGACAGUGUUUUUGGUCUGUAAGUGCAUCUUUCUGGUUCUCUGACCACUCAGUCUCUGCAGAUUGUAAAAUAAUGAUAUCAACUCUGGCGCUAAUCCAUGCAUGUGACACUUCAGCCAUGUUUCAGUCUUGUUAAUCUCUCCGUCGCCUUUGCAGCACACAACACGUUCUCUGUGAAAUCUCUGUGAAAGCUGAGAUUGCGGAUAUAAAGCACUCGACAGCAGAGAAACACGCGGAUCUAAAAAAGGACUCGGUUUGCUGGAGUGUUUCUGCUCUGAUACUGGAUGAGUGUGCGUGAGUGAAGCCAGAUCCUGGAGGUGCCUCUGAGAGGUGACAGUGUGGAGGUUAAUGUGAAGCAGAACCAACGGGGCCGCCGUGUAUGAGCGCAGAGGAAAUUAAAGGAGAAUUGAUACGGCUAAGUGGCAGCCACACAUGUGGACAGGAAGCCUCCAGGUUUUUCCAGAAGAUGAAAGGAUGAAGGAGCCGGAAAAGAGAGGGGACACAGGGGUCGACCUGUGAGCGACGAACUUUGACUUUCAGACUCCUGCUGACGGAGAGAAAGGGUGUGGAUCCAAAACAACCGGCUUUAAGAAACAGGAAAAGUCUGGCUUAUUGGAUCUUCUCUACAUCUGUAAACUACUUCAGAUCAGCAACACUGAGACUGGGUAACAGAUUUAAAGAUGUGGAAAAAGUCUGAUAUUUCAGGUCUCAGAUUUAUGACCCACUUCUCAGAUUAUGAGACAAGAGCACGAACCCCAUUCUCCCUCCUGCUUUUCUCUGCUGCUGUGUUACGUCAUUUCUUUGUCGAAAUAUUUAACAUGUUUUUGUGAAUCUGUGGUUCAUGGUGGACUUGUUUUAACUUUGGCAGUUAAUGUCUUAAGGUUGUUGGGCAUCUUCGUUGUGUUUUUUGCAAUUUUAUUACUUCUGUAGACAUUUUCUUUUGCAUAUGUUUGGUUACCUCUUGCGGCUUUGUGGUGUCAGUGAAUCUCUUGAGCCUUUUUCAUAUAACGAGCUGGCGAUGCGAAAUUUGUGGCCCUGUUACCUCCAGUACGAAUAUCUGCAAGAUGUGAAAGUGGAACCAGGUUGUCGUACGAUUUGUACUGGCCUUGGAGGUAAUGAAAGAGGCACCUAGACAAUGUCCCUUUGAACCGGAAGAGAUUUCUUUUUCAUACUGAAGUUGGUAUAACUAGAGAAGCAAGCAGUUGGCAACAUCACUGGACGGGGUGUCUAACUCUAUGUUUGGAUGUGUUUGACCUUAAAUUAAUUUUACACCGGAAUAUUCCUUUAAUCGUGCUGGUAGCUCACCAUCUUGGGUCGUGAGUGAUGCACAAAAAGACUGACGUAUUUACAUAUGUCAGCAUACACCAAAUAUAUGUUUUCUGCCCUCCACAAAACAACAACUUAGCAAUAUUUUCUAAAAUCCGUCCUCAUGGAUUUUAGACCAUUUUCAGUGACCUAAAAUUCGACUAAAUUUUCAGAAAUACCCACCUGGGUGUGUAAAUGGGGCCUGAGUGUGUAGAUCCAGCUGUGUGCUAGUAAAACUACACACUGGGACACCAUUAAUGCGCCAUUGUGGGGGAGAUUUGUAAAGUAUUGUGUUUGUUUCUCCUUCCAGCAAUAGACAAAAUGUUGAGAACCACUUUUUAUGAAGUUGUUCCAGUCUAACAAGGCUUUGGUUUUACACUGAGCGUGUCUGUUCAGUAAUUGAAUCAUAAUAUAAACUUGUUUGGAUGGAGAACUGUGCAGAUGUUUCCCUUCAAACUCUGUGGCGGGUCGAGAAGUUUUGUUAGUCAAGGUAAAACUCGUCUCCCUCUGCUUCCUUGUUUUUUCCCUGGUUUAAAAGGAUUAAAAAACAACAACAACAACACCUGUUUCAACUCAACUCAAAUAUUUAAACACUCUGACAAUGCCAAAGAGUGAGUAAUGUUCACCUGUCAGGACUGAAACAGGAGAGAAAUGAGGGAACAUGGCGCCACAAACAUGUCGAUGGGAAAACUAUUGAGUGCUAUCUAAGAGGAAACUACCGCUAACCUUUAAACACGUCAAAGAUACCAUGAAGGAGGAGGAAGUUAGCGGUCGGCUGCAGUAUGCGAGCAAUUAAAGCUAAAGUGGUUCAGUUCAAUUCAGAGGAGCUACAACAAUACAGGAUGUGACAGAGUCGGAAACUGGAGCCUGAUGCUCUCGACUUCUGCUCUCUGCUCGUCUCAGCUUUGACCGACAGAUAUUGCUGUUUGUGCUGACAAGUCAGCUUUCUUCAGGCUCUUUCAUGUGGAAAAGAAAUACAAGUCGGCGACACUGAGUGCUGAACGUGCUGCUUCUUCUUCUGCUGCUGCAGCACAGAUGUUGUGGUGCUGGAGUUUUCCUCCAGGACGGGCCUUUUACGACACACCGAUGACAGCCUGUAGCUUUAAGCGAGCGUAUUUCUCUCAUUUAUAUGUUUUUAUUUUUUCUUACAGCGCCACUUUGAGUAAGUUUCCACUCUAAACAUGUUAUCUGUGCCAAACUCCGGCUGCUUUGAAGUGUGAAUCUGUGAGCGGUUAUUGCAGCCCGGCAGAGGACAGUUUGUAUUUUAGACGGAGGGAGGAGGAGGAGGAGGAGAUGGAGGAGGAGGAGGAGGAGGGAGGACACGAGGAGGAGGACCCAUGUGUACACUUUAUCUAAAACAGCUGCUCUGGCUCUGCUUUGAGCGCCGGCCUGUAAUCCUAUUCCUCUUUCAAACUGCGCUCCCCAUUAAAUGAUUUACCCAUUAGCUAUAAUUCACUUUGACUCAUUGGAAGGGUUAGAAAGAUCCUAUCUGAGGAUGUGGGGACUUUAUCGGGUGAUUACUACCGUAUUUGGAAAUGAAAUGAAGUGUUCAAAGGGGUCUUAAUUGAGACAAGAUACUGUUGACAGCAGUGUGGUUUCUCUAAAUUGCUCUUGUGAGUUGAAAUCGAGUGUGAAACUAUUGAAUGUGUCUAUUGUGAGUAAAGUUCAAUUUACAGCUGAUCCUUGUGUUUUCACUGCGCUUAAAGGGUCAAUCCGCUGAAAUUACUUAAGGCAAACAUUCAAGGCUGCAGCAGAGAUACAUAUUUGUCUUUCAAUUUAAUUUUAGAAAGAGCUUUUAAAAAAAAAGUACACAUGGUUGUCUUUAGACAUGAACUCAAUGUCCUUAAAAAUCAUAAAACGGAGUAAUACGAUGAGCAGCUCUUGAAAAAUCUACAUUCCUGAAUAAAAACGAACUUUAUUUUGAUUAACUCUUUCUUGUCGUCGUUCCUCUUUCUGAUUUCAGGGAUGUGUAACCCCAAGAACUACAGCGACUCUCCGGCCACGUCAAAGAGCACGGUGGAGGAGCUGCACCGUCCCAUCCCCUCGCUGUUCCGCGCCCUCACAGAAGGCGAAGCGCCCAUCAACAUGAUGGUGGUCUCCUUCCCCGUCGCUGAGGAGCUGUCCCACCACGAGAACCUGGUGUCCUUCUUAGAGUCGCUCGACAGCACGCAUCAGAACGUCUCUGUGCCUGGAAACAGCAUCCACGCCAGCUAUGACAAUCAAGGUAAUGAAGCGAGUUUGCUCCCAGCUCGCUUGUUAGACACAAAUCCUAUCCGGCAAUUACGCUGAGAAUCCCUGGCACUGUGCUGACUGUACCUGUACCACCUGUAGUACUUCCAACUCAAGCAGCUUUACAUUGAUGUUAUCAAAUGCAGAAAGAAGACUUAAUUUUCUUUGCCACAGUACAUCCAGUUAAUACUAUAAAAAGUUAAGUCCUGCUAGAAAUUAGUUCAGAUAUUGAAAAUUUGUCUCAAAUCCUGCCUGAGAGAUAUAAAUCUUCAGUGUGUCUGAAAAGUGGUCAAAAUAAGGUUGUUUGGAACGUCUUUAAUUCCAAAUAUUGAAUAUUUAGUGAGCUGUAGUUUUCUGACUGACUUUUUACAGUAAUGGAUGAUGAAAACAUGAAUUAAAAUUUCAGCAUCUUUCUGAGUUAAAGGAAGUCCAACUUUGGCUAUGUUUUAUUAGAUUACAAAAUGAAGUACUGAUGAUAAAAAUUAGCUUAAAGAAUUCAAAUCAGAAUCUAAAACCAACCCCAAGUUUGUGAUACUAGUUUUAAUUCACUUGGUAAAACCUCCCUGCAUUGAGUACAGUUUUUAUUUGGCUGCUUUGACUCCCUCGAAAACAAAUUUCCUUGUUAGAUUUUAAAAAUAUCUUUCUUGUCCAUAAAAUUAUGUCUCUGUAAGUGAACUUGGGCCGGAUAUAUAGAGUUGAGUGUCAUCUGCGUAAAAAGAUAAUUGACAUGGUGGUGUGCAAUAAUAAUUCUGAGUAGAAUCAUGUAGAGAGAAAAUAAAACAGGCCCAAGAACACUUCCCUGAGGUACACCAUAUUUAGAUUUUUGUAUCUUUGACAAACAUGACACAAGACUGAUUUAGAAAUCCUGUUAAUAAGAUAAAAAAUGAUCAACGUGGCCUGUUUUUGAAGUCUGUUGAUUAGUAUCUGUAAAAAUCUGUAAGUUUUAUAUCAGCUUUUAUAUCCAUGUGAAGUUGUUGUUUCAUGUUAUGAGGAGUUUGUGUUGCAUCUUUGACUGUAAGAAUAAGUUACACUGCUAAAGGAGAAAAAAAAGGAUUAUUUUUCACAUGACGUGUCCUCCAAAGUUUUCCAUUCCUGCCAUGUCAUGUCACUUUUCUAAUUUGGAUCACAAACUCACUAAAAACCGUUGCAGUAAAAUCAAGCCUGACUCAGAACUGAAGAGGACUACAAAGUCUUGGAUUAGGACCAGUUUGGGUUGGGUCAUGUUUGCAACGUUCAGCAGGAAGCGGUACUGCCAAAUGCUUCCACUUCAUGGAAUAAAACUGGGUUGAGAAAGUUCUUGUGAAAUUAACAUUUGUAUUUUUGUUUCUGGCUGUUUUGGCCGUCCAUCUCUCACCCGUUGCUUUUCGCUGUAAAGACACACUCAUGAUAGGAGUGUCCCCGCAGAGCUGAGCAGUAAACUCAUUAAGCUCACCCGCACAUAUGGUUGUACUUAGCUGCAGCAAAUAAAUUUCACCCCUGAAGUAAAAGUAGGAACAUUGAGGGUUAAAUGUAAUUGCUUGAAAAAGGACCCUGCUUUUAUCCACCAGGUUUACAGAGACUGUGACUCACGUCUUGUUUUCUUUCUGUCCUUUUUAAUUUCAGACGGCAUGUGCACAGUGGUCUACUUCGAUGACUGCGUGUCUAUCCGUCAGUGUAAACUUUACUGUGAGUCAAUGGGAGGAUCCAAGUACCGCUGGUUUCAUAACGCCUGCUGCCAGUGCAUCGGACCUGAGUGUGUGGACUACGGCAGCAAGGCCGUGAAGUGCAUGAACUGUCUCUUCUGAAGUGCGGGCACAUAUUGGUACCAAAUGUCUGGGCCUAACCAGAGGACUGAGGGUUAUAAGAGGGAACUAUGACUGUUAUGUGUGUUAGCAUUCCUCACCUACCUUGUAAAAUACCCCCUACAUCCUGCCUUCUACCCCUGCAAAAUGUUUUUAUUCUGCUGUUUGUUUCACUGUAUAUUUUUAGAUAUGUUUUCAAUAGUGUUUUUUACUAGAGGUGUAUAUGAAUAAUGUAUUUUUACAACUAUUGUCGGCUAAACCCUAGUCUUUUGCCAAAUAAAGAAAAGUUUGGUGACGUGGACUGUUUGCUUUUGUGGAAAA